AAGCAGACCCCUCUAUAUAUUCCAGAAGUGAAUACAACACCAGCGAUUAUAUAUAUUCUUGGCAGCCAUGGGAGCCGGAGAGAGCAUUCCAGGGCCGCGCCGAUCGGACAUAUACAGUGCGAGAGGCGCCGUUGAAGUGGCGCUGAAGAGGGUAGAUCUGAACUCUCUAAAUGGGUUUGGCUUCAGCAAAGAUAAGAGGAUGGAGCUUGCGAUGGAGCUGACGUGGAUGAAAACCUUCCUCAUCACCAGCGAAAAAACGGGCCACGGCCGGAAGGUUGCCGACGUCUGGUGUCCGGCCAUCGAACUCCUCGCCGGAAACUGUGAUGAUAGCUUUCUGAAAACCACCCAACGCUUAGAUGCUGCGUGCAAAAAACUUGCCAGCCUUAGACAGAAAAUACAGCCUUUUGUUGUUCCCACCUGUCCGUGUGAUCAUCCUCCUCCCCCCUCAAAGCCUGUUAUUGUUAAAAGCUGUCACUGUCACUGUGAUCAUCCUUCCCGCUCAAAGCGCUAAUCGUAGUCCCCAGUUUUUUGAUUUUACACAGGCGUUUAAUCAGGGACGA